AUGGAGAUCAAGGUGUCUGUUGAAGGAGUCCAACGCAUCGUUUGUGGAGUCACAGAAAAGACCACGUGUCAAGAAGUAGUCAUUGCUUUAGCCCAAGCUCUGGGGCGCACUGGACGGUACACUCUGAGGGAGAAGUUCAAAGAGUAUGAGCGCAAUGUGACUCCUGAUGAGCAACUGCUGGAGUCUCUGGAGAAGUAUGGUCAACAAGCCAGGGAGGUCCAGCUCACCCUGCAGCAUUUAGGGCCCUCUCUAGGGGACUGGACAAACAAGCCACGGGCUCAGUUGAGACGGGCUGAGGGUGGGGGAAGGGUGCGGAGAGGCAGCGGUGUAACCAGCCUAUAUCGGCAGAGUCUGCCACCACUGUCCCGUCUACGGCUCCACUCUGAGCCACCCCCCGAAGAAGUGAAGAGACCAAAAAGGAAAUCGCUGACGCUAAUGGAGGAAGCGUGGGGUUGGCUAGAGAAUCUGGGAAGGGGUGGGAAGCAGCAAUUAGGACAUGAUAAGGGGAAAAGCAAGGAGGACGAUAAAGGAGAUGGCCCUAGGGAUAAAGCGGUGGUUAAACUGGGCAAAAUUCCUCCAGACUCUGGGGAACGACAGGGAAGAGACAAGAAAGAGAAAAACAAAACUGAAAACCAGAGCAUAAUCGGUUGCCUUAGAAAACACAGAAGAGAGGAUAAUGAAAAUGAGAUAUGUGGAAUAAAAGAGGGUGAACAACAUAAAAGUCAUCAAAAAGAUCAAGGCUUUGAUACUCCGGAUCAAGAUGGAGUAACUCAGCCACAAGACAAGUCCUUUAAAACAGGGAGGGACGAGGCAGCAGAACUGAGAAGGUUGAUCAUCCAAAAACAGGCUAGUCUGAGAGAACUUAAGCUCAAAACCAAUUUGGUUGAUGAGCAGAUUGGCCAGCUUGAAACACAACUUGCAGAAAAGCAGUCAAUUGCAGAGGAUUCUGAGGAUGAGGAACAACUUGAGUUCUGGCGCAAUGAACUGAAGGCGGAAGAGGGGUACGAGAAAGACUUGCAGAGGCAGUUCCUAGAGCUGAAGGAGAAAGCUGCAGAGUGCAAAACCAAGUUAGAAGAAUAUAAACACAAGUUGCAGCGAAUGGACCUCACAAACCUGAGAAUUUCUCAGUGCAAACAAAUGCCAGAGCCACAUGAUGAGGCCCCUGUCAAGAUGGCCAAAUCACUUGAGCUAGAAGGCUCAGAAUCAGCAGGAGAGAACACAGUGGCUGAUGACCCAAAUGGAGACAGUGAGCAGAAUGUGGUCACCAGAGUGGAACCCAAACUCCCUUACGUCUUAGUAUCUGCAAAUCAGAUAGCAGAGUCACAACUAAAUGGGCCCUCAGAGCUAAGGGAAUGGUGGUCUCGAUGGACUGAGGCGCAGAAACCCAACUCAAACUCAAGAUCUACGUUGAAAGCUGUACACCGCUCUGAAAUAACAAUACACCUUGCGAGCACAAGGGUUUAAGAAAUUCAAAAAACUGGGUGAAAACUAGGCGACACUAUCACAGACUCAAAACUGUUGAAGGGUACUUGUUCUUCAAAAGGCAGCUGCACAUUU